AUGGCCCUCCAAUGGACGCACGAGAACAUCAGCUACUUCGGCGGUAACGCUUCCAACAUCACUCUGGCCGGCUACUCCGCAGGGAGUCAUUCCGUAUUCCACCAACUAGCCUACGACCUAGGCAUGCAAGGCAAGAAAGCCAUCGUGAAGCGAGCAAUGAUGCUAAGCAACGGCCCCGGCGUCCAACCCAAGACCCUCGACGAAGCACAAGACCAAUACACCUCUCUGCUCACCGCAUUAAACAUCCCCCUCUCUCUCCCUCCCAGAGACCAACUCUCCCUCCUCCGCUCCACACCCGCCAAAACCCUCAUCCGCGCCUCCAACACCCUCAAACUCCACCAAUUCCGCGCCGUAACAGACGCCUCCUUCGUCCAGCCCAACCUCCUCGCCUCCCUCAGCAACGGCUCCUUUGCAUCCCGCAUGGAGUCUCGCAACAUGCACCUCCUCCUCGGCGAGUGCAGCGACGAGCACUUCGUCUACGGGACAUGGCAUCCACCCAGCCCAGGCUAUGACGCCAUGCAGAACCGCCUAGCAGCCGAUUAUCCGGAUGUUCUGUCUGCCGCGUGCUCAUGCAGCACUACUUCCCCUCGGGAAGCCUGCCCACCCAAGUACACUUCCUGGCAGCAAGCUUUCGGACAUGUAUACGCCGACGUGCAGAUCCACCACUUGCUGCGCGGCAUGGUGAAGGAACUCGUCCACAGCGGCGCAGGCGAGCUGGUACAUCGGUAUCGCAUCGAGUGGCGCGCGGGCUGUGUGGAUCAGAUGUUGCCCCGGGAAUGGGGCGUUACGCAUACGAGUGAUAUGCCGAUUUGGUUCUGGGGGAAUGGGGCGCGGCUCACGGGUGCGGAGGAAGAGGUUAUUAAGACGGCGUUUCAGGAGCCGUUGAGGAAGUUUCUUGAGGGUGGAGAGAUGGGGUGGGGUGCGAGGGGGAUGGAAGUGAGGACGCUGAAAAACGAUGGGAGGGUCGUUGUUGAGGAUGAUGAGGCGAGGAUUAAGGAGGGGUUGGAGCUUUGGGAGAAGGUGAAGAAUGUUGGCAAGAUGGGGGGCGGCCAGGGAGUUCAAGAUGUAAUUGGAAAGAUGAUGUCUGGUGUUCUGUAA